UUCAGCCUCUCUUGUACUGGAAUUACAGGUGCCCGCCCGUCAAGAUGCCCAUCCUGAAGAGUCUAGGGGUGGCGGACCCCAAGAUGCCCCGGGCGGGGACCCUGCCCCUCAGAUCCUCCCGCAACCCCUUCGAGGAGGUUCCAGGGCUGGAGGGAGAGACGGGGGACCUGGGCCCCCUGCCCAAUGGGACAUCGUGUCGCCGCCGGGCCACCCUGGAAAAGCUGGCGGGCCUGGCCCCCUUCCGCCUGGGCUGGUCCCCCGGCCGCCGGGCGGGCAGCCCCGGGGACGGGCAGCCCCGGUCUUUCUUGGGCCGAAUGCUGGCCCCGGGGAUUCGAAGGAGCUCGGCAGAUUUCGGCCUCCUAGCUCGGCUUCAGGGGAGCCGGGGUCACGGCGACGAGGAGGCCACGGGGGAGGCUGCUCGAAGACUAGCCUUCCUGCGCCUCGGCCGGGGGCCCAAGCCCAGGAGAGCCUCCCUGGCCGAGAGGGUGGUCCCCACCGGAGAGGCCGCCCCUGAACCCCCGCCCAAGAUCCGGGAGCCCCCAAAGAUGAAGGAGCCCUUGUCAGUGUUGGAGAUCCUGAGCCUGAUCCAGCGGCGCGAGCUGGCACGGGCGGACGAGCACAUCUUGGAGCUGGAGGCGGAGGAGCUGGCGUCGUCGGGGGGCGGCGCCCCGGGUCCCCCCCAGGCCCCGGGCGCGGGCGGCGGCCGGCGGGCGCGGGACGUGGCGCUGCUGUACGAGGCCCUGCAGCGCGAGCUGUGGGCGCUGGUGCGGGAGACGCUGGCGGGGCCCGGGCCGGGCGCGGGCGUCGGGCCGGGCGCCGUGGCGCAGCUGGGCCAGGUGCUGGUGCAGGAGGAGGCGGCCGACGGGCGCCGGGGGCCGGGCGCCGCCCGCCGGCUGCGCGCGCGCUGGGCCGAGGCGGUGGCGCGGGCGGCCCGCGAGCGCCUGGAGGCGGCGGCCCCCGGGGCCCCCGGCGGCGGCCUGGCCGGGCGGCUGGAGGCGCUGCGGGCGCGGCUGCUGGAGGACCUGGCGGUGGUGCGCGGCCGCCUGGCGCCCGCCUACCCCGCCGGCCUGGGCGCCUUCGGCGUCUACCUGCGCGGCUACCACGGCGCGCUGGCCGAGUGGCUGGGCGCCGCCGCGCGCCGCAGGCUGCCGCUGGCCGACCGCUACGCGCUCCUCCACUGGCACAACCAGGUGUACCCCAGGGAGGUCCUAGGGCUGGUGGACAUGGUGGCCCUGGAGAACGGGGAGUUGGGACCCCUUCUGUCCCCUGGCACCCUGCUGGGCUUGGAGGACGAAUGUGUCACAGAUGUCAAGGCUCAGACGCGGGCAGCCCUUCUUCGAGUUCUCCAGGAGGAUGAGGAGCGUUGGGGCUGCCUAGAGGACCAGCCCAGCAGCCUGGCACAGGACGUGUGUGAGCUGCUGGAAGAGCACACAGAAAGAGCGCCCCGCAUCAGCAAGGAAUUUGGGGAGCGCAUGGCGCACUGCUGCCUGGGCGGGCUGGCAGAGUUCCUGCAAAGUUUCCAGCAGCGAGUGGAGCGUUUCCAUGAAAACCCAGGAAUCCGGGAGCUGCCCACAGAUGUCUACAUCAGCAGGACCAUCGCCCUGGUCAACUGCGGGCCCCCCCUGAGGGCUCUGGCAGAGCGUCUGGCCAGGGUGAGUCCCCCUGAGAGCGAGCCUGCUCGGGAAGCCUCGGCCUGCGCCCUGGACCGUGUGACCCGGCUUUGCCACCGUGUCCUCAUCGACCUGCUGUUCCAGGAGCUGCAGCCGCACUUCAACAAGCUGAUGCGCAGGAAGUGGCUGAGCAGCACCGAGGCGCUGGAUGGCAUCGUGGGCACGCUGGGCGCCCAGGCGCUGGCCCUGCGCCGCAUGCAGGACGAGCCGUACCAGGCGCUGGUGGCGGAGCUGCACCGGCGCGCGCUGGUGGAGUACGUGCGGCCCCUGCUCCGGGGCCGUCUGCGCUGCCGCUCGGCUCGAACCCGCAGCCGCAUGGCCGGGAGGCUGCGUGAGGACGCGGCGCAGCUCCAGCGUCUCUUCCGGCGGCUGGAGUCCCAGGCCUCCUGGCUGGACGCGGUGGUACCACACCUGGCGGAGGUCCUGCAGCUGGAAGACACACCCAGCAUCCAGGUGGAGGUGGGGGUGCUGGUGCGGGACUACCCAGACAUCAGGCGCAAGCACGUGGCGGCGCUGCUGGACGUGCGCGGCUUCCCGCGCGCCGCGGGCCGCCAGGAGAUCCUGGCGGUGGCCCGCGACCUGGAGCUGUCGGAGGCCGGCGCGCCGCCCGCCCGCGCCCGCGCCUUCUUCGCCGACAUCCCCGUGGCCCGCCCGUCCUUCUGCCUCAGUUUCCCUCUGCUGCUGGGGCGCCUCCCGGUGUCCGGGUUGGCCGGGCCCCGUCUGGCUCGCCUGUCCGUGCGUCCUCGGCCCGGGGCCCCGGCGGCGGCGGGAGCGCGGCGCUGA